UAAAGAUAAGAUCAGCGGAGGGCCCCCUGGGCGUUUAAAGGCACGCGGUGGGCAGCCACUCACGGACUCCUCCGCCUUUGCUAUAUACCCCGGGCGAGGGCUACGAGACCUGCAGCAAUCUAUCUCUCCCUCAAUGUCUGCGGUGACAGACAAGGUCUCCUAUGAGGAGCUGAAGCGGUUGCUGCAGAGCAGAGACGUCAGAGUGUUCGACGUGCGGGAGCCAUGUGAAACGGAGGAGGGAAUGAUACCUUCAGCCAUCAACAUUCCAGUGGGGAAGAUCAACGACGCUUUCAUCCGAGAUUCUGGCACAUUCAAGGGCCUCUACGGGGUGGACAUGCCGCACAAGGAAGACAACAUUGUGGUUUACUGCCGAUCUGGAAUGCGUGGACAAACAGCACUUUACAGCCUGCGAAGACUCGGCUACACAAAGUCGCGCAACUACACGGGGGGCUACACAGAAUGGACUUCCAAGGCCAAGAAGUUGUGAUGCAGCAUCACCUUCAUGGCUCUGCUCAGGCCAAUGCGCACACCUGAAUGACUUGAUAUUUGACUGUUUUCAUAUACAGUAAUUACAGUAUGUGUAUUGUAUGUGUGUGUACACACGCACAGAAUGUUGUCAAUAUAAAUUUUUUUAUUUAAUUUUGAUAUAUAUAUAUGUUCAUGGUUAAAUAUUUAGCAAAAUUCAAACGUAAUGCUACUGAAUCAUUUUGUGGGAAAUAAGUGUAUACAAUUCAGGAGAGGGGUUUAAAAUAAUAAGUAUAUUACAUGCUGCAUAGUAUAUAUUUGUGUAUUUAUGCAGUACAAUUACACAUGGCUAUGAUGCUAUAUACAUUAAACUAACCUCUCUGACAUUAAUUGAGUCCACUAUUGUGCUGGUGGGGUUUUUAAUAAAAUCUUAGACAUAAUAUAAUCAUAUCGGAAACUCAAAUGAUUAAACCAAAACAUAAUUGUUCUGAUCGUGUCUUAUCUUGUAGGUGCAUACCUAGGCAGUGUGUUUCAAAUACUUCAAAUAUUAAUUUGAAUGCUUUUUUGAAUGAGAAAAACACUUCAAUCUAUGGCCAAUGCAUCAUGGCACCCUUGUGAUCUAACUCCAGUACAUUUUCAUAAGAUACAUCAAUGGGUGUGACAUCGAUAUUCCCUGUUGGGUGGCACACUUCAGAACUUUAAAGCCUUUUCUCAUUAAUGGGAGCUCCAAGCUUGUGUCGGACAGCCCAAGAAACACAGCCUGGGUGCGUGUCUGUCUGUCCGUCUGUCUGUAGGUGGGAGGGAGGGAGUGUUAUGGAAUCAUCCUGUUUAUAAAACUGGCCAAAGUACUCAAAGGGUUGUCCAAAGUUAGAGAUAGGACAGGUCCUCUCCAGCGCAGUCGCUAUCACAGCCCGUCGUCUCAUUGCACCCUCAGCGCGCACCGGAUCCUGCACACCUUCCAUGAGUUCUGGUCAUUAAAUGCCUCCCGAGGACAAAUGCAUUCUGAAAAUUAUUCCAGAACCCCCAUGAAUGCGUAUGAAUUUUCUUCCUUGUUUGGAUGAGACCUGCCUUUUAAAGCGAUUCAGGGAGCAAUAUGCAGUUAUUAAAUGCUCAGAAAUGCAUUGUAGGCAUAUAUGUAUGGUUAAUGGGUGCUCCAUCCUCACCAACAUAAGACUGUAUUAAUAGAUGUGUUUUUAACAAAUUGUAACAUACGGUGUAUAAUGGUGAAGACCCAUAUGCAUUUUUGAAUGAUGUAUGAAGGCAACGAUCGUGAAAUGAUAUUGCACAUAAUUUUAGCAUUGCAUAAUCCAGCUAUGCUUAGAAGAUGUUCAUAAAAUUUGCAUGGAAUUGUGUCACAAACAUUUAAUUUAGACAAAAAAGAAAGUCUAACUGGGCAUGUCAGCUAAUAAAAACUUUUUUUUUGGUCCAUGAAAAAAGAUUGAAACACCAAAUCCUCAUGUAGAAACAAAUCAAUUAGUAAACAGAACUUGUGUUUGAAUAUCAAAAUAAGAAAAUUUGUAAAUAUUUAAAACAAUGACAUUGAGUGCACUUUGGAAGAGCAGAAACUGGAAAUAAUUUCUUUUUAAUCUUAUAAAUGAACAAAAGGGACACCAUCAUGCCAAAUGUGUGCAUGGGUCUCCAUCUGUAACAAGUGAAUAUUUGACUACUGUAUCCGCCAUAUGAGACACUCAGGAAAGUGAGGCACACCCCAAACUUGCGUCUGGUGUUAAUACAUAUAUACAAAUAUGGUCGCAAGCACAUCUGUGUAGUGACAUCGCUGGAUGCCACCAUGUUGUGGGUGUAGUACCGGCCCUAGAGGGGCACGGUGUGCGCUGUUAAUAGCGCUGGGUGGCACCAGGCUGUAAGUGCAGUGCCGGCCCUACAGGAUAGGGUGUGUGGGUGCCAACCGAAGGCUAAGGUUGUGUGAGGCCAUGGCAAUCUGGUUGACCCGGGAGGACACGUGACUGGUUAAGUUGACAGAGGGGCCCCAAGAGAGGGCUAGGGCGGUCACGUGAUUGGGACCCAGAUCCUUCCCGAGGGUUCUGGAAGGUGGACGUGGCCAAGGGUGGAGCCGGCCACGCCACAGAGAAUAUCAGCCGGGUCCGGAGAGGGACCAGCGUUGUUCAUCUCUGGAAAGAAACCCUUCGUCUACGAUCUCCGUUCAACGAGUCUUCCAGCACGUGGACGUUGUAGUCCCGGGUCCGUAGUAACAGUUACGUGGUAACUAGUGUAGUUAGCCGGGUGGUCACCACCUUAGGUUGUUAUUCUGUUAAGGGGAAGUUACCCCGUGUAUUGGAACUGAAUAAAUGUGUUGCCUCCAAA